UCGAGUAAACAAUCGAAUGGAGCUGCGCCACGAGAUGAAGAUCUCCGCGGUCCUUUGUUUUUGGUGCUUUCUGAUCAUGCAGGGGCUAAGCUGGGCAGAGGAGACGCAGGUGUACGUGGUGUACAUGGGAGCUGCCCCUGCUGAUUCCUCCGUGGACAUGCUGACGGAAAGCCACCUCCAGCUUCUCGCCUCUGUUUCCACCAGGGGAAAAAAGAAGCUAAUUAGGAGCUACAGACAUGGAUUCUCAGGGUUCUCGGCGAGACUGUCGAAGGAACAGGCCGUCGCCAUUGCCCAAAAACCGGGGGUCUUGUCAGUUUUUGAAGAUCCAAUCUACCAGCUUCACACUACCAGAUCAUGGGAUUUCUUGCAGCAAACGUCGGUGGAGAUCGACUCAAAUCUCGACGAGGAUGGCGCGUCCUCUCCACGUUCAAUUUCGGACACCAUCAUCGGACUUUUAGACACAGGAAUUUGGCCGGAAUCGGCCAGCUUCAGCGACCAAGGAAUGGGUAGUGUUCCAAAGCGAUGGAAGGGGGUUUGCAUGGAAGGAACGAACUUUAGUGCAGCUAAUUGUAAUAAGAAGCUGAUUGGAGCAAGAUGCUAUUCGUCGGACGAAGACAUUGCCGCCGUUUUCCCGGGUGAAUUGUCUCCUCGAGACACAAACGGCCAUGGCACGCACACCGCUUCCACCGCAGCAGGGAACUCGGUGGCCGGCGCCUCCUACUACGGCCUGGCGGCGGGCACCGCCAAGGGCGGCUCAACCUCGUCGAGAAUCGCAGUCUACAAGGUCUGCUUCUGGGAUGGCUGUCCCGGAUCCGCCAUCCUCGCCGGAUUCGACGACGCCAUCGCCGACGGAGUCGACAUGUUGUCGGUGUCGAUCGGAGCUCCGGCGCGCUACAUGCCCGAUUUCGACAAAGACCCGAUCGCCAUCGGAGCGUUUCAUGCCGUGGCGAAGGGGAUCACCGUGGUGUGCUCCGCCGGCAACGAUGGGCCCACCUCUUCCACCGUCACGAAUGCUGCGCCAUGGAUUCUCACGGUGGCAGCGACCACCAUCGAUCGACACUUCGAGUCGGAUAUCGUCCAGGGGAACAACAAGUCGAUUGAAGGAGAGGGUAUCAACUUCUCUAAUCUGAGCAAGUCCCCGGUUUACCCCUUGAUAUACGGCGAAGCUGCAAGGUCUAAUUCAAGCUCCGGUGAAGGAUUCGCAAGUCACUGCGACUACGAAACGCUUGACUCGAAGAAGAUCAAAGGCAAGAUCGUUCUUUGCAUCAACAACAAGAACGACGACACCUCAGAGUAUUCGAAGAUCGAUGGAUUGCAGAGUUCGGGAGCUGUUGGUGCCAUCCUUAUCGAUGACUUGGAAAAAGCCGUGGCUAAUACUUACACCUCCUUUCCUGUCACCAAGAUCUCCUCGCGUUCAGCUGACGAAAUUCUCAGCUACAUCAACUCAACCAAAAACCCCGUGGCCUCCAUUCUGCCUACGAUUACAGUUAAUAAAUAUAGGCCGGCGCCGGCGGUGGCUUAUUUCUCCUCAAGAGGUCCUUCGUCGCAGACAAGCAACAUUUUGAAGCCUGACGUUGCGGCGCCGGGAGUCAACAUCCUCGCGUCAUGGAUUCAAGAAGAUGAUUCGCCAGACAACGUUCCCCCCGGCCAGAAGCCUUCGGGAUUCAACCUCGUCUCUGGAACUUCCAUGGCCUGCCCGCACGUAACAGGAGUUGCGGCGACGAUCAAGGCUUGGAAUCAGAAGUGGAGUCCAGCUGCUAUCAGAUCGGCCAUCAUGACCACCGCAACUCAGCUCAACAAUGAUAAGGCUCCGGUGACCACUGACGCCGGAUUGACUGCCACUCCCUACGACAUUGGAGCAGGGGAAGUGAGCCCAACUGCUGCACUGCAACCAGGCCUGGUCUACGACAUAGAACCCGAUGACUACUUGUUCUUCUUGUGCAACUAUGGCUACUCUCCUUCCAAAAUUAGUCUCAUAACUACCAUUCGGCAAGGGUUCGAAUGCCCGGCAAACUCGAGCAAGGAUCUCAUUUCUAAUCUCAACUAUCCGUCGAUAGCUAUCUCGAACCUCUCGGGGAAGGGGUCCAGGAUUGUGAGCCGGAUAGUUACCAACGUUGGAGCUGAAGAUGUUACCUACAAUGCGACUGUCAAUUCUCCGCCUCAGUUAAACGUGAAAGUGGUACCGGACAAGCUCCACUUUACCAAAUAUGUGAAGAAACUCAGCUACCAAGUGAUCUUCUCUGCUACAAACUCUUAUGCGAAGGCUGACCUAUUUGGAUCGAUCACUUGGUCAGAUGGAGUUCACAGAGUUAGAAGCUCAUUUGCAGUGAGAAGCACUUAAUUAUAUAUAUCUCAUGCCAUCUAAUUGUAACCGAACGAUAUCUAGAAUCCUAAUCGAAGUGAUCAAUAGAAAGAAUCAUAAAGUACUA